UACGCGGAGGAGAUGUCGGCAGGGAGGACCCAGAUGUAUUAUUGACGUUAUUCCAGGCUGUGCGCAAGAUAUAGCCUACUUCUCAUCAGACCUGCAGUGAACUAUAGAGCAAAGAAUGGGAAGGAGUAUACGUGGUGUUUUUAUCGCUGAAAGCCUGGUUGUCUCCACCGAACACCGACUUUUGCUCUUCAGCAGCAUAUUCAGGAGGGACUAGCUUCGGGAAAGCAAGCAAGCUAGCAGUGCAGGCUAGCUUCGCAGCGAGGCUAGCUUGCUAGCAAAACUGCUGCCUUUAUUGUGGCCCGCAACGAAACUCCCAGCUAGCAUCCGUCGCAUGCACAGAAAGAGAAAAUGGUGUACCUGUUGAAUCCUAUAGAGAACCUGAGAAGCUACAUCAACAACCGUCCACCACUGGUCAUUUUUAUGAUCAGCGUCAGUGCAGUGGCCAUUGCCUUCCUGACCAUCGGUUAUUUCUUCAAGAUUAAAGAGAUUAAGUCUCCAGAGUUGACAGAGGACUGGAACACCUUUCUGCUGCGCUUCAAUGAGCUGGACUUUUGUGUGUCAGAGAAUGAAACGAUAAAGCACGGCCUGAACGAGUCGACCACGCCAGAGAGCAUGGUUGUGACCAGCGGCCAGGCUCGUUCCAGCACCCAGGCUCCCCUCCUGCUCGAGGACUCGGGUCCCAUCAACAUUUCAGUCCCCAUCACCCUCACACUGGACCCCCAGCGUCCAUUUGGAGGGUACUCUCGCAAUAUCACCCACCUGUACGCCACAGUGCUGGGGCAGCAAGUUGGUCUGUCCGGCCGGGAGGCCCAUGAAGAAAUAAACAUCACUUUCACCCUGCCUGUAUCCUGGAACUCGGACGACUGUGUGCUGCACGGACACUGCGAGCAGGUGGUGUUCAGCACUUGCAUGACCAUCACAGCGGCCAGCAAUAUCUUCCCAGUCACAGUGCAGCCGCCACACUGCGUGCCGGAGACUUACACCAAUGCUACGUCCUGGUACAAGGUGUUCACCACAGUCCGCGAUUCAGAUACCAAGUACAGUCAGGACUACAACCCCUUCUGGUGUUACAAAGGAGCCAUCGGCAAGGUGUACCACGCCCUGAACCCAAAGCUUACUGUCAUCGUUCCAGAUGAUGACCGUUCCCUCAUCAACCUGCAUCUGAUGCACACGAGCUACUUCCUGUUUGUCAUGGUCAUCACUAUGUUCUGCUACGCAGUCAUCAAGGGGCGACCUGGCAAAGUACGACAAACCAACCCCGACUUCUGCCCUGAGAAGGUACAACAGACACCAGCAGUGCUAUAUGACGUAAACAGGUGGCGCUGUCAGAGAGUUAAAAAGACAUCCGAGAGCUAUGUCAGAACUUACCUGUAACAUGGAAAAACUCAAAGAAACGGAAGAAAUAAAAAUAAACAUACCAGUUGCCUAGUGAACCCUGGAAAUACAAUAAGGGACACAAAAGCUCUGUGAAUGCAUUACUCUUGCAAUGUUGGGUUUCUCCAACCAAAGAUAUACAAGUGCCUGUAUCUGUGGUGUAAAUAUUUGUAGGAACUCUGAUAUUCUGUGCAAAACCUUUUCCUUUUGGUUUAUUGUUGUUAUUAUUUUUGCCUGAGUCCCCCGUGUGCCAUGUCCAAACAUGCAGUACGUAAACAACGCAAAAGGCCAGAUUCAAGAACCACAUCGCCAUUUUUCUAACGUUUAGUCUCGUUCUUUCAAUCAAGAUAGAGAAAAAAGUAUUUUCAAACCACAGAGAGGUGAGUUAAUGGCAUUUAUUACAGAGUUCAGAUUUGAGUUUUUGCUGUAAACGUUUGUUUUCAGAUGGAUUUGAGAUAUCUGAAGUCUUUUUUUAUCUCCCAGGUGGAGAGAGCACGAUGUUUAGUCGCUUGUUUAAGUGAACUAAAUAUGCUUGAAAACCUGGGUUGAGAUAUUUGGCCGAGGAUGAGAUGCUUGUGAAAUUUGUAGUUGAAUCUUCAGUAUGCACUUGGACUUGCAGCUUCAACAGGAAAGAGAAUGAAUGUAGCAUGUUUCUCUGCUCCGAGCUCAACAGUUUAACAGUAGUCUGAUCAGAAUUUGGACAUUUUCGAGUCAAAAGUAGCUUUGCUCAUUUAGUUUAUUUAAUUGAACUCUCAAGCAAAUUCUAUCUUGACCAAAUUAGAUAUCUGUUUCCCGUGUGUCUGCAGUGUCAAUAAACAUGGAGUAGUGUGUUUAGAUAACUGCACUGUGCACAUCAACAGUAAAAUUAACGAGUCCCAUUUUCAGUGGCAGUUAAAUAAGCUGCAGAACCUGUGGUUUGUGUCAAAGUUGUUUUUGUUUUUUUAUUUCGAGACACAUAGACGUUGUUACACUUAAAAUAUGAUUUUCUGCCUUUUGUUUUCUUUCCUCUGCGGCUCCAUCACUCACCUGCCUGUCGUCUUUUAUUAGCUGCCACUCGCUCUGAGGCAUUUUCGUAGUUUCGGCUUCUAGACUAGUGUGACGUUCAGUACAGUCUCCGUCGUUGCACCUGGAUGAAGCAAAACAUUAUCUUGCCUUACCUACAGAACAAUAUGAUGGACUUGCUCGCUUAAAAAUAGGCGGGGAGAUUGUUUUCUCUCUUUCCAACAUGAACUUGCCAGACCCUUCUUCUUCCACAGCCACCUUCCUCUUUUUGUUCUAUUCCAGUAUGAUGAGCCUGUGGUUUGAAAUCCAGCUUGUGACCUUUGUCCUGUUAAUGUAAAUGUCAAGUGGCCCUUAUUAUAUUUUAGGAUGCUUUUUAAUUACCUGUGCUUUUUUUUUUUUUUUUUAAAGCAAAUCAAUAUCAGUUGCACGUGUACAAGUGUUGGCAGAGUCAGUGCACCUUCAGAUUUCUUGCACAUUUUGUGUUAUUUGCUCCCGUGAAGAAAUUAGAAAAAAAAAAAUGUCCACGAUCACAUGUGAACUGUCUGAUGUUGACUGAACAAGUGGGACUCCUCCUAAAAAUAUAAUUAUAAAUUAGCACAUAAUUAUAUUGACACAGUGAAUAUAUUUAUGAUUAAAUAAUUUUAAGUUUUAUUAUUUUGUAGUACAACAAAAUGUGCAAAAACUCACUUGGUGUGUGAAUGUGUGUGUGUGUGAGAGUGAGUUUGGGAAAUGUUUAGACACAACAAACAAAGGCGGCUUUAGACUGUGAUUCUCUGAGAGCUCGUGAAGACCAGAGUGACUCGUGAGUGUGUGUGUGUGUGUGUGUGUGUGAUGGGAUUUCUUCAGUGCACAUGUCUGUAUUGACUCGACUGGGCACAAAAUUAAAACAAGCUCACCCCCCCGCCCCCACCCCCCUCCACCCCCAGCCAUCCCCAUGCAAAAGUCUGCAUACUUUCACGAGUUGUCGUGACUGUGUCGUGCUGAAACUCGUAACUGUAGCUUUAAGGAUGAAAUUUGUGCUUCUCCAGUGGUUAUAUAAUUCCUAUUUUGAGAGCAUGGCUGACUUUGACAAUCAUUUAUUCUAAAUGUACUGAAUCACAUAUUGGGAAAACAAAACAGCACUUAAAUUAGAUGAGGUUCAGAUUGUUGUGUUGUUAAAAGCCUAAGUCACCAACCACUGUUCCCUUUGCUGUUUUGACACAAAUGUAAAAUCUAUUAAAUUUGUCUGAGCUUGUCUAAAAAACAUGUUUGCACAGAGAAGAUCCAGAAUAAAAUCCAAACUAUCCACAGUCUUAAAGGAAAACUAGAGAAUAAAGAACAAUCUAAGUCCGCCUUUAGUAUUAUGUUAUGUAUGACUUUUUUCAAUAGCAGUUACUGAUAGAUUUAACUUACCUCCGUUAUAAUUCUGUUCCAUAAUUGAUGUACCUGUUGAAUGUACUUUUUAAUAAGAAGCAUAAUCUAAAUCUGAGAUGCAAGAAUUCCAAGUGAUUUUAAAAUAUGAUGUAGUUUGAUUAUAUAUUUUUUUUUCUGUUUGAAAGGCUUUACUUGAAUUGUGUUUUAGUUCGAGUGGUAUUCAUAUAAGGUUUUUUUUUUUUUUGUGGCAGAAAUGAAUCUCUGGUCACAUUAUUGUAUCAAACACUUUGUACAUUUAUUGUUUGACUCUCGCGUGCGUGCGUGUGUGUGUCGGUGGACGAGUGAGAGGUGUUGCGUGUCGGUCCUGAUGGUUGUGAUACCUUUUCUCUCCACGUUGACUGAUGCUAGGACAAGUCUUCCUAACUCUGAUGUGUAUCAUAUUUGAGCAUGCAUCUGUUGCUUUUACUGGCAUCGCUAUCUGCUGUGCGCUCGCUAUUGAACUGGCAGCUCUUACGGGACGGUUGGAGAUUUUGGUGGGUGGAUACAAAGCGGGUGGGGGUUGGCGGGGUGUAUGUGAGCGAAGGGAACUUGAAGAUGUGAAUGAAGCAUGCCAUAUUAUCGCCACACCAUCAAAAAUUAAUGUCGGUGACCUGCGUUUACUUCUUACGUCUUAUCCCUCUUUGUGUGUUUCAUCUUUGGUUAGAAUUGCAUCUCUACUUGCAGAAUGCCUUAACAUUGUCCAGUUUCGUUUGAGUCCUCUUUGUUUCACAUAUCACGUAUUGUAAAACGCACCGGCUUCCCAGAGACAAACCCAGACAUAAUGCCCACGUUAUCACCUCUGAGCCACAGGAAGCUCGAAUGACCACGCUUUGCUGUCGUAGUUUGGAAUCUGCUCCACCAGAUCACAGGGGACUGGAAUAAAAAGCAGCGGAGUUCCAACAACUCACAGCAUUCUUGGCUUUACAUUAAGCAAAACACACAGUAAUCUCCUAUAUAAAGCUGCCAUUUCACCUGGUUAUCCUUUCUGUCAUAUUAGCAGCGCUUACAGGCUAGUAUUAAGCCAACUCUGUGCCUUCUGCACUAUCGAGCUGCAUCCUCCUCCCUGUACAUAUAGUAGAUAGGACCAUAGGUUUAAUGUGGCUAGGAUGUCAUUCAAAUCCUUUUCCUCUCCAGUGGAACUGCUGUAAAUUAAUUCAAGUUUAAAUAAACUCUCUAAAGAUCAACA